AAUAGCGCUGAGAUUGGCUCGUACGGUACCUAACUGUCAAAAAGGAUCUAAGCUCCUGGUAUUGUCUGGUGUAUGAGUGGAGUAGUUAUUCGAAUCAUCCGGUUCCUGUAGGCGAUCAGGAAAAUAUUCAAGUUCUUACCUAAAAUAAUCCGAAAUUGCGAUAUGAAUCCGACUCCACCUGGUAAAACGAACGGUCCGGACUCUCGAUGCAUUUAUUUCGAAGACAUCCAAUUUUUUUCCCCAAAUAUCGAUAUGUCGUCAUUGAACAAAACUGAAGUAAACAAAUAUUUUCAUGUUCUUGAAAACAACUCGACAGACUGUUUCACUGUCGUAAAUAUAUCAAUUCCAACCAACAGAGAGGGGAUUUUAUGCGUUACGGAUUCAGUUACCAAUGAACAAUUAAUUUGUUUCCCACUUAAUGAGAUCAAAAACUUGUCAAAGGGAUCCGACACCGCAACAGCAAAUUAUGUUUUACUAACUCACGGUACUUCAUCAUCAAAUAACGAAGCGAUAGACCUGUCUUCAGAAGAGCCAUUAAACAUGUAUUUAACACAUAUAUUACGUUGUACAACAUAUCAUGGGACGUUGAGGAUAAUCGAUGUCAUCCGUCGAAUCAUUACUGAAGAAACUGGAUCCACUGCUACUAUUUCAGGUGUGUGGGAGCCUCAAAGUGUUACUUUACGUUUACAUUUGGAUAUAAGAGAAGAUGAUGGAUCGAAUGUUAACUUUACUCCUGUACCAAAAGAAAAGUCGGAAUUAUUUAAAAUGAGAAAGAGCACAGCUAAACGACUAUUUGUUGGUGUCAGUCAAUUAGACGGUCAUGUUUAUCUACCGAUAAAUGGAAUUUUAGACGUAUGUUUGGGUUUUGGUCGUUAUUUAUCGGAUAGUGAACUAACCUAUUUGGGAGGCGAAGAAAAUGUCACACGAGGAGAAGCAUCAUCUAAUUCUUUAAGCGGAACUUCAUUUUCUACUUGGGUUACUUGGCCAUCAAAUCAUAAUCAAUUCUCUAUGUUUGAUGUCGUUGGAAGUCGUGAUGAAUGUAUAUUCUUCACGGUUGUUGUACGCCUACUUAUCCAUAGACUUGAAGAACCAUUAGCUCUGCGACGAAUCUGCCGAGCGCGUGUUUAUAAAACAGAUGAAAUAUUUUGGCUCUCUUUAGAUAGAAAACCUGUUAUAGAAGAUUAUACUAUUAAAUUAACUGAGAGUAUAGAUGAAAACGGAAAUUUACACGCUGGUAAAAUACAGAAAAUUUUCAAUAUUACUGCAUUUCAUCCAGAACAUAAUCAAUCAAUUGUUCCAUCAGUUGUUAAUCAAGCUGAAGAUAGUGACAAUGAACCACUGAUGAGCGGUAAUGGAAUUGUAUCGAGAGAAGUUACAGAUGAUCAGCUACUUCUUGAAUGGGGACAUUUAGUUACUGAAUGGCAUAAUAAAGUCAGACAAGAUCAAGCUAAUGGUCUCGGCUUAUCUACAUAUUGUUUGAGAAUUGAAUUAUUGUAUAGUGGUUGUUCUGGUCCUCAUAUUUCUCAUUUAGGUUCUGCAUUUUGUCAACGAAUUAGGAAACUAGUUAGCCGUGGUAUUCCAGAUGCCUUACGAGCUGAAGUUUGGCAGUUAUUAUCUGGUUGUCCUGUUGAUGAAAGUGGAUUGAUGGAUGCUUAUCGAAUUCUCAUUACUAAACCAUGUAAACAUGAUGAAGUUAUACGUCGUGAUUUAGCACGCACAUUUCCAGCUCAUAGUUUCUUCCGUGAUAAAAUUGGACAGGAAAGUCUCUUUCUUGUUAGUCGUGCUUAUGCUUUGUACGAUGAAGAAGUUGGUUAUUGUCAAGGUUUAACAUUUUUUGCCGCUGUAUUAUUACUUCAUAUGCCAGUAGAACAAGCAUUCACAUUAUUAGUACAAGUGAAUAACAAUUAUGGAGUUAGAGAAUUUUUCUUGAAUGAUUUCGAUGGAUUACAUAUGCGAUUAUAUCAAUUGGAUCGUAUUAUUCAGGAUCAAUUGCCAGAUGUAGCAAAACAUUUUAGUGAUCUUGGCUUAGAAACUCACAUGUUCGCUAGUCAAUGGUUUUUAACAUUGUUCACUGCUAAAUUUCCAUUAAAUGUUGUCUUUCAUAUUGUUGAUCUGUUUCUAACUGAGGGUUUGAUAUUCAUAUUCAAAGUGUCUUUAGCACUAUUGCAAUUGGCUAGACGUGACUUACUCGGUUUGGACUUUGAAGGUGUUCUCAAGCAUUUGCGUGUUACGAUGCCAAAAAAAUAUUUAGCCCAUGAUGCUAAUCAAGAAUUACUUAGUAUUGCAUUAUCGGCUAAAGUUACUUCCGCCAAAUUACAAAAAUAUGCUAAAGAAUGGAUAACAAAGAGAGCUCAAGAAAAAUUGACCGAAUCUCCUCUACAUGUCAUGGAGUGUCAGUUGGCAUCAUUACGUCGAGAAGUUUCUCGAUUAGAACACGAGAAUGAAUCACUGGCUACCGGUCUUUUAUCGAGUAAAACAUUAAUGCACAAACAAGUUGACCGGUUAGAAGAUAAAGCUGAAAUAUUAACUCGAGAAUUAUUCGCUUCCAGGCAGGAUUUUCAAGAUGCUUUAGAAGAAAAAGCUCACUUAGAAAAUGAAGUACUACAGGUGAAAAAAAUGUUUCGUAGUGCACUUGAAGAGAAUUCUAUUGAAUUAGAAAGAAAUCAACAUAUGUUUACUAGUUAUAAAGCAAUUAUAAAAGAAUUAAAUGAUUAUUUAAUAAAAAUUAAUGAAAAUUAUCCUAUCAAUUCAUUAACUAUUAAUCAAUUAUAUAAACAUGAUCCAUUAUUUUUGGAUUUAACUUUUGAUUUAAUAAAACAAGUAUUACAUUGUAAAGAAUGCUCAUCUAUUGUCAAUACGUAUAUUGAAAAAUCAAAUAAUGUCAAUUUAACAGAUGAUGUAAAUACUCCUUUAUCCAUUAGAGAGGAAGAGAUUGUUAAUAUGAACAGUAAUAAUGAUAAUACAGACAAGCAAAAUCAAGAUCAUUUGAACAAUCAAUCUGAAGAAAAAAUCAUUAAUGGUAAAUGUACAAGAAGACAAUCAAUUAUACAUAUUCUUGAUAAAUUCAAAUUAUUGAAUACACCUAACAGUUGUUCUUCACCAUCUUUGAAAUUACAUGAACUAAAUGGUGAUAAAUCAAUGGAAGAAUCCAUCACAUUAAAUAAUAUUACAUCUAAUACAAUUAAUGAAAAUAAUUGUGAAACCUCAUCACACUAAUUAACAAUUAUCUAUUGAGAUUAUGUAAAUAUUAUUUAUCAUUAUAUAUGUAUUUAUCUUAUGAUUUUCAAUGUUAACAAACUAUAACUAAUACCAAUUUUAAAUUGUAUUCAUGAUCAUAUUCUCUUAAUUCACUACAAUACUAUAUCUCUGUAGUAACUAUUAUUAUUUAUCAUUAUUUUCAUUUUCGUUUUAAUUACUUUUUUUCUUUUAUUUAUCUUUUUAUAUUUUGGUAAAAGAUCUUACCAUUUAUUUACUUCUUUUUGUCUUAUUUAAUGUAUUACGAAAUAAAAAAAUUACGUAGUAUGAUCAUGAUAAUUAUUUCUUUAAUUUCAAUUUUAUUUUAUGUUAGAAUAACUGUAAACUUGAUCAUUCAAACAAUCAUAGCAUAUUUGUAAUUGAAUUGAAUUGAAUCGUUCAAUAUGUUAUAAAUUAUUUUGUAGCGUUCAAGAUUUUGUUGUUUAAAAAUAUAUUUCAUUUCUGUAAUAAACCACUUCCUAUGACUCUUUUUUCUCAAAAUUUGCUUUAUAAAUGUUGAAUUAUAUAAUAUCAGCCUGAAGAAAAAUAUUCACAAAUUGUAAUUUCAAUUAGAUAUCUCUUUUAAUGAGGUAAAUUAUAUUGGAGGAAAGUACUCUUCUAUUAUCAAUUUAACAUGGAUUUCUUUACUUCUAUAAAAAACGUAAAGAUAUAUCUAUAUACAAUGAAUAAAAGUUUCUCACAAAGAAACAGGCUUCCUUAAUAUGAAAAUCGAGUACUUACUUCAGUAUACAACUAAUAUUUGUUAGAGGCUUUAUCUAAAUAUUAAUCUCUUGAAAAGUAAAGAAUUCUUAUAUGUUAUCUUCGUUAAAUUUAAAACAAUAACAUGCUUGAAGAAAUAUUAACAAUUUGUAAAUUUUAUUCAGCUAUUUAUAUAUAUUGACUUUAUAAUUUCAUAUCUUCAAAAUCUAUCGAAGUAUCUUCCAAAUCAUUUAUUUAUUUCUUAUAAUAAAUCAAAUUGCUUUUCAUAGUUAUAGCACUAAAUUCCACUAUGUGUUCUACUUGUAUUUCAUUUUAAUUUGAACGAAUAAAUUAUAUUUAACAUUCAAUAGUUCAUAUGAAGCUGAUCUAGUGAAUAAUGCUUGAGAUUUAAUAGUCAGUUCAUAACUUCAUUCAUUGAGAAGUGAAAUACAAUGACCCUUGUAUUCCAACUGCAUAAUUAUUUUAAAUGGCUUUAGUUGUGUUAAUUAAUCUUAAGUAUUUUGUGUAUCAGUUUAUCAAUUUACUAAAAAGGAAUAAUUUUUAUUGGC